AUUCUGGUCCUUCCUUGGAGCAGACUAACUCUAGGUCACUUCUGGGGUGGGGGAUGGAAGUGUUUGAAAGGGCUUAACCACAAACCACCUCAGCCCUACCCAACUGCAGAGAUCUUUGACCCCAGCCAGCCGGAUUAUUCUGCCUCCAGCAUAGGAGAACAGGUUGGGCCUUUCCUGCCCAGAGGGGGGAGACUGGGUACUUAAAGGAGAGUGGGGUUAUUUUUCCCUUUGAGGCUACCCUCUUUUCACCCUUUCCAUUUCCUUUCAAACUGGAAUUGAGGUGAUUCAGGGCACCCCACAUGCUCCCACGCCCUAUGACUGGCCAGAGGGCAGUGGGUUCACCCUGAGCCCUGAUGAGGGAGUGGGAGAUGAGUUCUCAGCACUCCCAGCUGGAAGGCAGCAGUGAGCUUUAGAUCAGCAGGGGGCGACAGCAGGAGAGGUAGAGUCAGCUUUCCUGUCCCUGCUCCUGGGUUUGUCUCUUGAGGAUGGAGGACAGCAUGAGUAGUACAAUAAGCCUGAGGAUGGGGGUGGGGACAUGGCCCAGAGCUGUCCAGGUCCCUGGAUGUCCCGCCCCAGCUCCUGCCCUGUCAGCUGGGCCUCCUGCCAGUGGCAGGCUCAGCAGGUCCUAGGGGUGUGGUGGUGCAGAGGCAGAGGGAACCCUCUGCAGCCUGAAAAGGAGCCAGAGAGCUAGCCAACCUGAAGGCUAGCUGGCAGAAGACAGAGACCCUUACACCUCGCCCUCUUAAGAACUUCGUCUUCCAUGAGCUCCCUGCUCUACUAUGCCCUCCCUGCCCUGGGGGGCUAUACUGUGCUUUCUUUCUUCUUCCUUCGCCGGCCCUGGCUGCUCCAUGCUCCCCGGGAACCUGCCUUCAGAUGUCAACUUGCUGCUCACAGAGGGGGUUCUGGGGAACGACUUGAACAUACCAUAGAGGCCAUGGAAAACGCCACAGCCCAACGAUCAGACCUCUUUGAGUUGGACUGCCUUCUGUCUCGAGAUGGCCAAGUUGUUGUCUCCCAUGAUGAGAACCUUUUUCGACAAUGUGGCCUCAAUAAGAACGUUGGGGAUAUAGAUUUUGAGGACCUGCCUCUUUACAGAGAGAAGCUGGAAGUAUACUUCUCCCCAGGCCAGUUUGCACGAGGAUCAGACCGUAAGAUGAUUCGGCUAGAAGAGGUUUUCCAGAGGUUCCCUAGAACACCCGUGUCUCUGGAAUUGAAAUCAGGAGAUGAGGAACUCAUUAAUAAGAUAGUUACCCUUGUCAAGCGCUUUGACAGAAGUGAAAUAACCAUUUGGGCUUCUGAAAAGAACUCCGUCAUGAAGAAAUGCCAUGCAGCUAAUCCAGAAAUGCCCAUGUCUUUCACCACAAUCAGAGUUGUUUGGUUGCUGUUCCUGUAUUAUGUGGGACUGUUGCCCUUCUUCACUCUACCUGAGAGAUUCCUGCUUUGUUUCCUGCCCACCAUCAUUAACAGGACCUAUUUUCCAUUUUCCUGUUCUGCUUUGAAUAGAUUGGCGGCAGCCAUUACUAAGAGCCUAAUCAUGCGGAAAAGUCUAAUCAGACACCUUGAAGAAAGAGGGAUACAAGUGGUAUUUUGGUGCCUUAAUGAGGAAUCCGAUUUUGAAGUGGCCUAUGGGCUAGGAGCCACAGGGGUCAUGACAGAUUACCCCACAGCCCUCCGCCACUAUCUGGACAACCAUCCUCAGCAACCUGACAGGGGCAACUAAGAUAUCUCAGAGAGCUAACUGGGUCAUGGAUAUAGUUGUAUUUUUUUUCUUUUAAAAUGUUUUGUUGAAAAGAUCAUUUAAUACAUCACUGCCACUCCUCAGUGAUUCUCUGUCCCCACUCUUCCUAGAGUGGUCAAGCAAAGUUGAUUUGUAAUCAACCUACUGGCUAUGUCUAGAAAUGUAUGCCUCCUUGUAUCUAUAUGUUUAACAUUUCUCUGUUGAGAAGCAAGAAGUAUAUUUUUAAAAGGAGUUCCCUUAAGCCACAAUUGAACACAACUUCAUUGAUUAGUUCUUUAAAUCCUUCAGAUUGUGACCAUCCUGUAUAUUUAAUUCUGCUGAUAUUUCUCUGCAUCAAUUCAUGCAAGUUUUCAAGAUCUCCCUUAAAAUGUUGCCCUUCACCAACCCAAUUUACUCCUUUU